AUGGAAGAGAUCCAAGAUUCGUCUAGUAGCAAGCUAAAAAAUACAAAUGAGAAUUCCAGCCCAUGGAUAGAUCAGUACUUCAACCACAAAUGCUUCAUCACCUUCCUGACUGGCUGCUACAGUUGCCAAUGGCAAUACAGAGAGUGGGAAAAAACUGAACUUGGAUCCUGUUGCUGCUCCCGGAAAGAGCAAUUUUUCUAUAUGUGCCUGGUGAUGGCAUUCAUCUUGUCUGUGCUUUUACUGUUCGUCUGGGUGGAAACCUCCAAUGAGUACAACGGCUUUGACUGGGUUGUUUAUCUAGGGACAGGAUGCUGGUUCUUUUGGUCCAUUUUGAUGCUGAGUGCAGCUGGGAUCAUGGUUGCCUACACUACCUUGCUUUUGUUGCUUGGGUUUCUGUUGCUCUGGGAAAGGAUUGAACUAAACUUGCAUACGUCUCAUAAGGUCUUCAUUUUCCUAGUCAUUAUCCUGUGCUCCUUCUUACUUGCCAUUUUAAACCAUUUCUGGAAGGACAAGUGGCUGAUAGCUGGGCUGUCACUGCAGGUCUUUGCGCCCUUCGUGCACCUGAGCCUUAUAACUGUGAUGAUUAUAAUUUCCUGGCCUCUAUCUAUCUGUGUGGCCCGCUUGGAAUCAGAAGUUAAAAUAAGAAGAUACAGGACGGCAGAUUACGAGCAAGAAAUACUGGAGAGGUGUAAUGUAUUCCAAAGGUUAAAAGCUCUACAAGUAGCUGCUGGACUGUCCUUCCUGAUCAUUCUUUUAUGCCUUUAUUUGAUGCCACUGGGGAUUUAUUCUCCCUGUAUUCUGAAGAAGGAGAAUUUAGGGCCUAAGCCCACCCUCUUUGGACAUAGAGGUGCACCCAUGUUGGCGCCAGAGAAUACCAUGAUGUCUUUUGAGAAGGCUGUUGAACUUGAUGUUUCUGGCCUGGAGACAGAUAUAUACUUAAGUUAUGAUAGUGUGCCUUUCCUCAUGCAUGACUAUGACCUGACUAGAACAACUAAUAUCAAAGAGGUUCUACCAUCAGCUGCUGGAAACCACACUUCCAACUUCCAUUGGUCUUUCUUGUCAACUCUGAAUGCCGGCAAAUGGUUCUUAAAGCAUAAGCCGUUUUUUGGCAUGAAACCUCUAUCAGAGGCUGACAAAAGAAGAGCAGGCAACCAGUCAAUUCCACAGCUGUCUGAGUUAUUGGCACUUGCAAAACGGGAACAGAAGAUUGUGAUAUUUGAUCUGUUCGGCCCUCGACCAGGACAUCCUCUCAGAAACACUUUUGUCCGAAGAGUAGUAAGGGUCAUCCUUGACUCUAAAAUUGAACAACGUCUGAUAUUUUGGUUGCCCGGUUUUGAUAGAGACUAUGUCAGGUACAUGGCUCCUGGUUUUCAGCAAGUGGGCCGUUUAUGGUCCAUUAAAGACCUUAAAAAAAAUAAUAUUAGUAUAAUAAAUGUUGACUAUAAGAGAUUGUUCUACGCUGGGUUGAGAGAUUAUCAGAAAGCUAAAAUCUACAUCCAUGUGUAUGUUAUCAAUGAGCCUUGGCUCUUCUCACUGGCCUGGUGUUCUAGUGUCAACUCUGUGACCACAGACAACAUUGAGCUCCUCAAUCAGCUUAGUCACCCUCUCUUCUUCAUGACACCAGGAUUCUACAUGUUCAUGUGGCUUUUCUUGGAUAUUGCUUCUGCGGUUAUCAUUGGUUUUGUAUUUUGUUAUCACUGGAUAAAAGAGCUUAGAAGAGAAAGGUGGCUUGAAGCUGCUGCAUCUUCAGUUUUACUUCAUUCAGAGACUAUAACAGACAUAACAGAAAAUAACGAUGUCUCUAAACGGAAGCAAGACGUGGCCCCUGAGUCUGCCAAUUUAGCCCCUGCAAAUAUGAUAGGACUUCAGGAAAAAGGGCCUACAACAGAAAAGUCAUAGGAAAACUCUGGCCAGACUCCAAACUUCCGAGAUAUUCAAACUCUCCAUUUCACGGCAAUCCUGACGCAGGAGACUCUCAAACCACCAAAUUUCCUCCAGUGAGAGCAUUGUUCUACUAAGACUUGCCAAGGAGAUUAUCAAGCCAUUAGUAUCUCCCCAAGGGAGUUAUUAGUGUCAUACCACCAGUAACCCCUAAGAGAAUACUAUACCUCAAGGACCCCCCAAAGAUGACAAUGCUAUGUCAGAGCUUCCAAAAGGAACCUUGAACCACCAAAGUGUCCUAAGAGGGGUGUGAGAUCACUAAUGCUCCCCUUAACAGUACCAUGUUUCCUGAGGGGGGAAUAUCAAACAACCAGCGUUCCUAUAGAGCACAUCAAACCUACAAGUUCCCGAUUAGGGGAUCACUAGGCACACUCCUCACUGAACAACAGUAUAACCUCUGUAAACUAAAUCCAUUCCCAGGAAUCUGUUUACAUGGCGUAUUCCUCCUCAAUUAUAUCUUUCUUCUCCCACUGGAGAAAAUUUAGCCUUACCUUGCCCUUGGUGAUGUAGGGUGUGGUCAAGGAGGCUCACACCAAGACCUCUGAAGCUUUCAGGAGCAGCACUCUGGCCCAGCUGAUACGGGAUGAUCCUCAGGAGACAGGCCAGGGCAAACAGUGGUACCCAGCCAUGGACCUGGAGCUGGUGCUCUCUGGGUUUGCAGGGCUGGCUCACCUUAUGCUUCUGUUGUGCUUCCUGCUGAAGGAGUGUCUAGUCAUGUCAGCUUAUAAUAAAGGCAACCUCUCAGGAAACCAGUGUGUCCUCUGCCCCUCUGUGGUCGCCUAGGCUGAUAAAGACUGUGGGGUGGUGCAGCAGUGACAUUUUCCUAAGCCAGGGAAGGAGAGGUGGCAUAGACAUGAGCCAGGACAGCUCUCAUCCCACCCUCGUUUUCUGACCUGUGUGCAGUGGGUUGCUCCCGAAUGCCUGGG